AUGUCUGCAGAGUGCCCAGAUGCUGGGAUACCAGGGCCGCAGGGCCAGUCCUUGGGGCCGGGUGGGCUCUAUGGGGCUCUGGCUUCAGGUCGCUGUUCCUUGGCGCCCACCCCCACACCCUGGAGUUUGUCCCGCUGGAGAGCCUGUGUGGCCGCUGUGGUUCUCUGUUACAUCAACCUCCUCAACUACAUGAGCUGGUUCAUCGUGGCAGGAAUACUGCUGGAGGUGCAGAAGACUUUUCACAUCAGUGACAGAGAUGCUGGUUUGCUGCAGACAGUCUUUAUCAGCUGCCUGCUGGUGUCUGCGCCUGUGUUUGGCUACCUGGGUGACCGGCACAGCCGCAAGGCCAUGCUGUGCUUCGGGAUCCUGCUCUGGUCAGGGGCUGGCCUCUCUGGCUCCUUUAUUCCCUCUGAGCAUUCCUGGCUCUUCUUCCUGUCCCGUGGAGCUGUGGGCAUGGGCAUAGUGAGCUACUCCACCAUCGCGCCCACUGUCCUGGGUGACCUCUUCGUGCAGGACCAGAGGACUCACAUACUGGCCAUUUUCUACAUCUUCAUACCUGUUGGAAGUGGUCUGGGCUACAUGCUGGGGUCAGCUGUGUCAGAGCUGAGGGGGAGCUGGCCCUGGGCCCUCCGGAUCAUGCCUUGCUUGGAGGCCGUGGCCUUGGUUCUGCUGGUCCUGCUGGUUCCUGACCCACCUCAAGGAGCUGCUGAGGGGAAGGAGGAGGUGCCAGCAGGGGUCCCAAGGAACAGCUGGUGUGAGGACAUCAGAUAUCUAGGGAGAAACUGGAGUUUCGUGUGGUCCACACUUGGAGUGACAACCAUGGCUUUUGUGACUGGAGCCCUGGGCUUCUGGGCACCCAAGUUCCUGUUUGAGGCCCAUGUGGUUCACGGCCUGCAGCUUCCCUGCUUCCAGGAGCCAUGUGGCAGCUGGGACAGCCUGAUUUUUGGGGUACUUACUGUUGUGACUGGCAUCAUUGGAGUCAUUCUGGGUGCAGAGGCUUCCAGAAGGUACAAGAAAGUGAGCCCUAGAGCUGGACCUCUGGUCUGUGCCUCCAGCCUGCUCGCCACAGGCCCCUGUCUCUACUUGGCUCUGGUCCUGGCCCCGACCACACUUCCAGCCUCUUAUGUGUUCUUGGCCAUUGGGGAGCUGCUUCUGUCCUGAAACAGAGCAGUGGUUACUGACAUCCUGCUGUCUGUGGUGGUACCCAGGUGCUGAGGGACAGCAGAGGCGCUUCAGAUCACAGUAGGCCAUGUCCUGGGAGAUGCUAGCAGCCCCUACCUCACUGGACUUAUCUCUAGUGCCCUGAGGGCCACACGCCCUGACUCCUACCUGCGGCUCCUCAGCCUGCAGCAGAGCUCUCUGUGCUGUGCCUUCGCCAUUGUCCUGGGCGGUGGCUGCUUCUUUCUGACUGCCAUGUACCAGGAGAGAGACCAAGCCCAGGUUCAGGCCCAGCAGUCUGCUACAGGGAUACUGGACAACAAGGACCCAGAGAGCCAUGGCCUGCCUUCUGGGGCCAGCACCUCCACAAAGGAGCCUAAGGACCCCGCCCUGCAGACAGGAAGCCCUCUGCUGCUUGUUCCCCUUCGGAUGGCUCCACAACAGCAGCACCUUGGCUGA